AUGGGUGCCCUCAAGUACGUGGAAGAGAUCCAGAAGAAGAAGCAGUCCGAUGUGAUUCGCUUCCUUCUGCGUGUGCGCUGCUGGGAGCUCCGUCAGCUCAACGUCAUCCACCGCGCCUCCCGUCCUUCUCGCCCGGACAAGGCCCGUCGUCUUGGUUACAAGGCCAAGCAGGGUUAUGUUGUCUACCGCGUCCGUGUGAGACGUGGUGGUCGCAAGAAGCCCGUUCCCAAGGGUGCCACUUACGGCAAGCCCACCAACCAGGGUGUCAACCAGCUCAAGUACCAGCGUGCCCUCAAGGCCACCGCUGAGGAGCGUGUCGGCCGCCGCUGCGCUAACCUGCGCGUCCUAAACUCCUACUGGAUCAACCAGGACUCGACCUACAAGUACUUCGAGGUCAUCCUCGUUGACCCCCAGCACAAGGCCAUCCGUCGUGAUGCUCGUAUCAACUGGAUCUGCAACCCUGUCCACAAGCACCGCGAGAGCCGUGGUCUCACCGCUACCGGCAAGAAGUCCCGUGGCAUGAACCGUGGUCACAAGUUCAACCACACCACCGCUGGUCGCCGCAAGACCUGGCUGCGCCACAACACCCAGAGCUACUGGAGAUACCGUUAAAUGCCUUGUCCGUGGAUUGUGGGCAUGGAAAUCGUUCUGGGAAUCGUUCUGGCAAUGGGGCUGGGGAUGUCUUUCUUUCAAUAAAAUUCAGAAUUGCUACGGCUACGGCCAUGGAAAUACCAUCGACCUUUGAGCAUAACGCAGACUUGGCGGUAGCAAAUCUGCAAAACUUCUUUUACAGAGCCAUCUCUUUUUUUUUU